UUGAUUUUUCGUAAGGAAGACCCAAUCGCCGAUAAAGCUUCAAGACGACGGUGACGGGAGACGACGACGAUGGCGAUUUUGGAUGAUAAAAAUGACGUAGUGGUUGGGCCCUUUUGUGUUGUUAAAUCUGUCUUCUUGCUGCUCCUCACGUUUUGUUUUGGGCUUUUUACCAUUUUUACUCUCUUCUCUAUUCUCUCUCUCGUUGAGAGACACUCAAUGGCCAAAUAGCAACCUUUGGUGGGCGGGUAAAAGUUGACUCUUUUGACCUUUCAUUUUCAUUGAAUCUCUCUGGAGAAAAAAUGGAUUUUUCUGAUGAAGAAGACGAAGACUGGUUUGGUUCUCGUUUCAACGACGGUGUUAAUGAAGAAGAAGAAGAGGGUUUUGUGUUUUACGACGAUGUUGGAGAAAAUGAAGAAGAGGAGGGUUUUGCGUCUGAUUUCUAUAAGGCUGGUUCUGAUUGGUCUUGUUUGGUGGAAGAUGAAGAGACUGUUUGUUCUUCUGAGAAGAAUAAGAAGAUGAAACAAGCGAACUUGUUUCAGAUUUGGGGUUUACAGGAGAAUUCUCCUGAUACAACGAAGAAGAUGAAACAAACUGAUUUGUUUCAGAGUUGGGGUUUGCAAAAGCCUUCUCCCUUCACUUCCCCUGCUUCGAAUUCGUCGAAAAAGACGACGAGUGCUCUUGGAAAGAGACGUAGAGACUCUUCGUUUGGCAAUGACUCACCACGACCAUGUCCUUUUUACAAGAAACUUCCAGGAACACCGUUUACUGUGGAUGCUUUUCGUUAUGGUUGUGUUCAAGGAUGUUCUGCUUAUUUCCUUACUCAUUUUCACGCUGAUCAUUACAUUGGUCUCACUAAAGCUUGGUCUCAUGGUCCUAUUUACUGCUCCUCUCUCACUAGUCGUCUUCUUAGACUUAGUCUCUCUGUCGAUCCCUCGUUUAUUCAUCCAUUGGAGCUAGAUGUUGAAUACACUAUUAAUGGGAUUAAAGUCACUUUAAUUGAAGCUAAUCAUUGCCCUGGUGCUGCUCUUAUUCACUUUCGGCUCUUAGAUGGAACGUGUUAUCUGCAUACUGGAGAUUUCAGGGCUUCUAAAAAGAUGCAAACGCAUCCUCUCCUCUUUAACCAACGAGUUCAUGUUCUGUAUUUGGAUACAACAUAUUGCAAUCCGAGAUACAAAUUCCCCUCUAAAGAAGAUGUGUUAAGUUAUGUUGUGAGAAUCACAAAGGAUUUCCUCAGGAAGCAACCGAAGACUCUGAUUGUGGUUGGUUCUUAUAGCAUCGGAAAAGAAUGUGUUUAUCUUGCUAUUGCCAAAGCUCUUGGGGUUAAGAUAUUUGCAAAUGCUUCAAGAAGACGGAUACUGCAAUCUUUUGGUUGGGAUGAUAUUUCGAAGAAUCUUUCUACAGAUGGGAAAGCAACAUGUCUUCACGUUCUGCCUAUGUCAUCACUGAAAGUUGAAAGACUCGACGAACACUUGAAAGUUUAUAGAGAACAGUAUGGAGCAGUUUUGGCAUUUAGGCCCACAGGUUGGACUUACUCCGAGAAGAUAGGUGAACACCUUGAUCUGAUAAAACCAACUUGUAAGGGGAAAAUCACCAUUUAUGGGGUUCCAUAUAGUGAGCAUUCAAGCUUCACAGAACUUCGUGAGUUUGUUCAAUUUUUAAGGCCAGAUAAGAUUAUUCCUACGGUGAACAAUGCAAAUGCUGGAACUCGUGAGAAAAUGCAAUCAUGUUUCAGAGAAUGGCUCAGACGCUGAGAUUCAACUCUAGUUUCUGAAUCCCAAUAUGUUGAUCAUUGAAGCUUUUAAGGGAGGCUUGGUGCUUCUGUAAGAUUUUGAUAUUGCAGUUGGUGAAUACAGUAGAACUGAAGCACUUGAAGGAUUCAUAAUAUUCUUUGAUCCAGAGGUUUUAUUCUUCUCUUAUACUAAUCAAGUAUAUCUUCAAGUGGCUAAUUCGAUUAGUUAUGAGGGUUGGGAAAGAGAAGAGUUCAAAGAGUAGACAAUGCAAAGAGAGAAUAAGGUAACCAAAUCAGAUACAAGAAGAGGGAGAUUCAGAAUCUGAAGAUAAAGGAUUGCCAUUAACUUCAUUGCAAAACUUGAAUAGAGAACUCCGAAGAUGGUUUCUAUUGUAGUCAUAUUCAAAGCAAUUAGCUUCAUCUUACUUAUCUCAGAAAGUUGCAAACGCCAUAGCCGAUAAGGCAAUUUCCUUCCCCUAUUUAUGAGGUUAUUCUUGAGAAGGAUAAACAUUGAACUUUGUACAGCUGAGAUAAGCAGAGAUGGGGUUGUUUGGAUUCAGGGGAUCCUUUAGCUUCCUACAAAACGUGAAUGCAGUUAGUUUUUUUUUGUGUAUUGUUUACUAACAAACAUUAACUCUCAGCACUUUAAUGGAUUCAAUUACAGUUACUAUUAGUCA